CGCGCGCUCUCUGGCGCUCACUUGACAUUGCAGUGAUUCGUUGAGUCCGCCUUCACAUCCUCCCCCUCCCUCCGACACCACCGCCGCACGCCCUCCUUUAUGUCGCCCACAUGCUGUCCUCUCAGAACUCGCUCGACGACAUUCGCAACGUGCCCACCGCGGUAGCACAGCGGCCCUCUCUCCCACCGUACCAUACCGCCUCUGCCUCCACGGUCUCUGAGACCGAUCCUCCGACCGCGGUCCCUAAGAAAAAGAGCACCGUCAAGCGCAAACGAACACAGGACGGCACCAGCGAUAGUGCAGAUUCAUCCUCACAACCCACGCGCACGCGCGAUGGCCCGAAGAAGAAAAAGGCCAACCGCGCAUGCGCGAGUUGCCAGAAGGCACAUCUCACUUGCGACGACGCACGCCCAUGUCAACGAUGCGUCAAGCGUGGAAUGGCUGACCAGUGCAUGGAAGGUCGCCGUAAGAAGGCCAAGUAUCUUCUGGACGCAGAGGAGCUCGAGGCACUCAAACGCACAAAGUCUGGCGACGGGUCUUCUAUAGGCCCCGAAUCUGCACCGGUAUCACAACCACCGCCAGAACCGCAAUACGCGCCUCCGGACCCCAUGUACGCACAUUACCCGAACCAAACAUCGUUUGGUGCUGGGUCGGAGGGCGCGAACCUCGAAUACAGCAUCCUCUCCGCCAUCCUUGGUAAUUCUCCCGAUUCAUCCUCUCAACAACCUGCUGGAAGCCCCACAAUGAAUCAUGCCGCCCCGUCUGCUCCCUAUGGCACUCCUCCUGGCGCCCCAAAUUUGGUUGCAGCACGAUGGUCAACCGACGCUUACGGUGCGCCUUCACAACAACCGGCAGGGUAUGCCUCGAGUGCCGGUGCAGGCCCAUCAAAUUACGCCGAGCAGGCGCAGCUCGGUAUUCAACCAUCCGCACCAUCCGCACCUAUCGCAAACCCCGCGCUUGCCUCCGAGUAUGGUGGGUAUCCCCCGGGGACCGGGUUCACACCGGGACAGGGGAACCCGCCGUCGCUGAACGUCCAAGGUCAACAAGCACCCGUCGGCUACCCUGACUACACAGCAAGCUCGACCACACAAGCAUCCCCGUCAUCACCCACCCAGCGGUUUGCGCCGUACGCACAGCGGACACAAGCGGUCGGCGCGUCAAUACCCGGGGCAAUGCGUCCCGAGCGUGGGGCGGCUUGGGCGACUCAGGCAGGCUUCGGUGCAGGCUCGGCGCUGGCCUCGGGCGCGCAGGGUGGUGCGGGCGUGUACCAGGCUGUCACGAAACCGUACGACUACACGGAGGGGUACCACUUCCUGAUGAAGCACCUGCCUAUGAGGUUCGAGAAGAACGACAUCCUCCGGAUCGUGCGCGCGCUUGCGAUCUUCCGACCGUCCCUCAUCGCGCUGCAGAUGCCGCUGUCGGAGGAAGACGAGGUCUUCGUCGAGAAGUGCUUCCAGCGCUCGCUCAUCGAGCUCGAUAAGCUCGUCUCGUUCAGUGGCACCCCGACCGUUGCGUGGCGACGGACGGGCGAGAUAUGCCUGGUGGGCCCGGAGUUCUGCAUGCUCACGGGUUGGGAGAAGGAUGAGCUCGUUGGUCGGCGGAAGUAUAUCUAUGAGCUAUUCGAAAACCAAUCCGUCGUGGAAUACUGGGAGAACUUCGCCAAUCAUGCUUUCGAAAACACGACACAGAGCGUAUACUCACAUUGCGUAUUACUGAAGCCAUCGGGCGCCCCUGUACCAUGCACAUUCUGCUUCUCAAUCAAGAGGGACAUCAUGGACCUUCCAAGCCUUGUCAUCGGACAGUGGCUUCCAUUAUUAUGACCGUUCACGGUUCCAUUCAGGACAUUCAGCAUUCCACAUUUAUCUGUAACGCUAUCUCGCUCUCGUCUCACGACCGCUUUCCGUCUGUUCCAUUCACCCUCACCUUCGUAUGAGCCACAGCGACCUAUUUAUACGUGCACCGCGCUGCCGUAGUCCCGGG